AUGCAGUCGGGAAGCAAUGAGCCGGCCGCCGCCGACAUCACCAGCGACAUGGACGGCGGCGAGCACAUCACGUCGUCCAAGGCGAGCUUCGAAGACGCGCCUCAGGAGCAGGUUCCCAGCACCUCCAACUCGGGAAACAGCCACCCGUCCGAAGACAGAGCGCCGAGCGAAGACGCCGCGGUCGACAACAACGGCAGCAAGCCGGCCUCGCAGAAGGCGCCCGAUGACGUUGCAGCGAAAGGAGGAUCCCAGCCGGGGAGCAAGGCGCCGUCCAACAAGGCACCGUCGCAAGCGGGGAGUCGAGCAGGCGGUUCGCAGCAGGGCAGCAGGAGGGGGUCGCAGGAGGCCGCGGUGACGGGCGGUGGCGAGUCGGCGGCGCCGGGAGGUCCGGUUGCCGACGCCCCCGGAGCGGCCUCCAACGCCAGCGUCGCCCGAGAUCGCGCUCCGGGGGGCGACGAGAACCGCGAGACGUUCCGCGACUCGACCAUCACGGCCGUCAGCGAGAGCACGGCCCAGAUGCUCGGGCGCGACGGCAUGCCCAAGACGACGACACACGACCCGUCCGCGCCGGGCGUGCUCGCGGGCAUCGGCGAGAACGACCAGGACGACGACGACGAGCUCGAGCCGCUGACCAAGUACGUGGACUGGACGAAGCACAUCUCCAUCUCCAUCGGCCCCUUUGUCAUCCUCUUCUUCGACCUCGCGCUGCCGGUCUGCAUCUACUACAGCUGGCUGCGCGCCCGACGCAACGACCGGCGCGCCGCUUGCCAGCCGGCGUACGACGCCGGCGUCGAGUGCGGGUUGGGCCCCGUGCAGACGAUCGAGAGUCGGAUUCUCGGGUUCGCCAUCAUCUCCUUCGGCUUCGGCGAGGUGUACAUCCUCGUGGUGCGCGUCUACCGGCUCAUCGCGCGGUUCGAAGAGUGCGCGCCGCUGCUCUCCAAGCACUGGCUGGAGAUGGACGCCACGACGUGGGUGUACACGCUCGGCCUCAUCGCGGCGCUCGUCCCCUUUGUGUGCUCGACGACGGUGUACGAGCCCGAGGUGGUCGAGUGGCUGUACCUGUACUCGCCGGCCUUCAUGUUCAUGGUGCUGGACGUCAUCGCCUUCAUGACGCUGAUACCGAUCAAGAUACCGUUCCGCAUCAACUCGGACCCCAAGGGCACGCGGCUCAAGCCCAUUGUCUACUACGCGGCCGAGGACUUCUUCGCCGUCGACGGGGCGCAGAACCGUGAGUUCCGCAAGAAGUACGUGGAGCGGUACGACAAGUCGAUGAUGUUCCGCAAGAUGAUUCUCGAGCUGACGCUGUUCUGGAUCGGCGGCUGCACAUGCUACAUUGGCUACGUGGCGGCCAUGAUCUGGAACCUCGAGUUCGAACGGGCCUUUGGGUCCACGCUGGGCGUCCUAUUUGGGUGGAUCAUAAUAUGGGGUGUGGCGGCGAGGUUUUGGAUCGAAUAUGCCAUCAAGCGCGAGCAGAAGUGGUGGAAACAGAACAAGGCCGAAAGAGAGGCGGCCAAGCUUCAAUGAGCCUAGUGUUUAAU